CCGCUCCUGCAGGAAAAACCACUCCUGAAGUUUGUGAACGGGGACACAAACAGGAGAUGGGCAGAACCGAACCACUCCACUUCAGCGAGAAUAAAUCGACAGUUUUUGGUAUGAGAGGCAGGAGGAAUGUGUAGUGUGAAGAGAGGGGGACAUGCCUUACGUGGACCGGCAGAACCGCAUCUGCGGCUUCCUGGACAUCGAGGAUGUGGAGAACAGUGGCAAGUUCCUACGGCGCUAUUUUAUCCUGGACACGCAGCAGGGAAGUCUGGUCUGGUACAUGGACAACCCACAGAACCUUCCUGCAGGUGCCAAACACGUGAGUUCCCUCAGUCUCACCUAUAUAUCCAAGGUUAGUGAUGCCACCAAACAGAGGCCAAAGGCUGAAUACUGCUUCGUCAUCAAUGCAGGAAUGAGGAAGUACUUUCUGCAGGCAAAUGAUCAGCAGGAUCUAGUGGAAUGGGUCAGUGCACUCAAUAAUGCAACCAAAAUCACAGUUCCUAAGUCCUCUGAUGGUGUCCACCCUGAUGGUCAAAUGUUGGCUGCUAAUGGCAACAAGAAACAGGGCCCAUACAGGACCGAGAUUAUUGGAGGAGUGGCUGUCGUCACACAGACACAGCAGGAUGGGGAGGGCUGUCACAGUGUUGGAGCAGAGAAAGUGAACUUGAGGAAGACUCAUAACCAUCCACCCUAUAUGCACACCAGAGCAGCACAAGAUCAGACUGUGAUAAAAGCAGGAUACUGUGUCAAACAGGGCGCUCUGAUGAAGAACUGGAAACGGAGAUAUUUUGUUUUGGAGCAGAACUCCAUGAGUUACUUUAAGUCUGAACAGGAGCGGGAGCCUUUGCGGGUUAUUCUUCUGAAGGAGGUCCAUAAGGUGCAGGAUUGCAAACACGGUGAAAUAAUGAUGCGAGACAACCUCUUUGAAGUCGUCACAUCCUCCAGAACAUUUUAUGUCCAGGCUGAUAGUCCAGAGGAGAUGCACAGCUGGAUCAAGGCCAUUUCAGGAGCCAUAGUGGCUCAGAGGGGCCCAGGCCGGUCCGCAACCACUAUGCGUCAGGCAAGAAGGCAUUCAAGCCCAUGUAUUCAGAGGUACACACCACGCGUCACUCAAGGCAACACGAGCACAAUGUUGGCAGCUCCUGUUUCUACCGCCAGCACCCGGGUCACAACACCCUCUGGACGCCCAGCCAUGCCAUGUCAGCCCACCCAGAAUCCCGUGGUCCCACGAGGCCUGGCCUGGGACAGCGAGCACUUCAUGAGCCUGCUGCCCCAGCCCCGCCCACAUGCCCGCCUGUCACUGCAAGAAACCCGCCUCUCCAAGUAACUCACGAAUCACCUUGGCGACGACGCAGCAGCUUUGGGAUGCUUGACGCUCCAUCGCAGCAACUUGAUCUGGAUAGUGGGGAUCUGCCCAUCAGCGAGGUCUGAUAGUUAUAUGCCAAGCUUUUACAUGUGACCCAGAGAUAUACUCUCUUUUAAAAUGUGCAUGAUGUGAAAGGAUGGAUUAGAAUGAAAAUAACCAGGACUUUUUGUAGAUCAAAUCUGAGCUAAUCUGGAUCCUAGCUGAUUGGACUUAACCUGUUGACCAAAUUCAGAACUGUAAAACAGGUUAUGUCCGAUAAAAUAUAUUGUCUCGAGUCAUGUAAAGCUAGACCAGAAAAUUCUGGCUUGGGAGCAAAACUACUACCAUGAAACAGACACCAAAGGUCCUACACCUAAACAUCUAAAAUGAAUGGAUGACUGGGACUGUGUUAGAAGACUGUGGUUGAGCUGUGAUGAAAUAGAUGGACAAUUUGUUUUCUUGCUUGGGCUUUACAGCUCAUGCCUAAUUUUUUCUGUAUUUUUUUAACAUACAAAUUCCUAAUGCCUCUUUUAUAAGUAUGUUUAUAUACUGUCAAUAUGACUAGUUGAUUCUAUGGACUAAGCUGGGGUUUAUUUUGACUGACAUGCAUUUAACUACCUUUUAUCCGCAUGUAUACAUGAUAUGGGUGAGUACUUGUAACUGUAAUACAGUUGUUUGUCUCCUACUUCACUAAACACUUGUGGAUCAAAUCUUCAGUUAAUUUAAUAAUUCAAUGGGUUAUGUACAGUAAUACCAGCGGACUGACGGUGUAUAAUUUGCCCACUUCCCUGUCGUGUUGGUGGCCAUUUGGCAUUCUUGGGAUGACAGGAAUAUCUGACUAGUUGAGUGUGGUUUUUAUGUACGAGUGUAUGUUUGCCUCUGUUGGGGUUUUUUUGUGGGAGUUUUUGGGGGAUUUAAGUAUGACUACUAUGACAAAAUGCUUUUCAGUGUAUGUUUAUUUUUGGACUGUGAUAUAUUUUUGCCCUUUGUGAACCGAGUUACCUGGUACGGUCCUGAAGGGCCGUCUAAAAAAGUGCCUGUAUCUUUUUCUCACAGAGGUCCGGCAGUUUUAACGUGUCUUGUUUUGUUUUGUGCUGUUUUAAUCUUGUUUAUAAUAUUUAUUUAAAAAAUUUCAAAACAAUAAAGCAAUUUUGAAUUUA